GAACUCCUCCUCCAGCAUCUUCAGCUCCCUCUGAACUCGGGAUAAAAAUGACCUGUUCACAGCGGAAUCUCCCUCAGCGGACUGGACUGUUUCAAGGUGCACCAGACAGGUCCACAUUUCCAUGAACGUUCUGCGAGCUGCGCACCAAACCCAGUGCUCUCUACCCAAAACGCUCCUAACCAGAAAUGAAUAUGGCAGAAAACUGUAACCACUUGACGGCAGAUGUCAUCAGCGACAGAGCUUACAUGUCAAAAAGAAGCAUCAGGAAGACCUUCGUCAAUAAGAGGCGGUAUAUACCAGCAGAGAGUGAAGUGGUUGCCGAUUCUAAGUUCAGUGGAGGGGCUUUUUCUUUACACUGUGUUGAGGAAACACUGCCCUCUGCUGCUUAUGCCGAUGAAAUGAAUCCAGUUCAUGUGAAUCCAGCCACGUCUGUGUACAAGAGGUUUGCUGCGCUUCCCUAUGCUGACAAGCCUGAAGUUGUGAGCCAAAAAGCUGGAUUAGAGCGCGAUUUAACAACUUCAGCCAAUCACACGGAGGAAGUGCCCAGUUCUGCCGACAUCAAAGUGAAACUGGAGGAGGACUUUGAGCCGGCUCCAGAAACACAGCAAGAUGCCCCAGUUGUUUCAGACAAAGAUGCAGCGAAGGCAGCCGGGGAACAUGGACCAAGCAGAGUGGAACCAUCCAGCAGGCCGCUUUUCAGGUUCGCUGCUAUGAAGAAGCGGCGCGGCGUAGAAGGGGAUGCUGAAAACCGUCCGUACAAGUGCAGCUACUGCCCCUGGGCCUUCAAGAAGUACAGCAACUUGCUGAGCCACAUUGACACCCACAAUGGCCUGAAGCCGUACGUCUGCGACCUGUGUGGAAAGGCUUAUUCUCACCAGGGCACGCUGCAGCAGCACAAGCGACUGCACACCGGCGAGAGGCCCUACAGCUGCCCGUUCUGCGACAAAACCUACACCUGGUCGUCUGACUACCGCAAGCACAUUCGCACGCACACGGGCGAGAAGCCGUACGCUUGCGAGGCGUGCGGGAAGGAGUUUGUUCGCUCCUCUGACCUACGGAAGCACGAGCGCAACAUGCAUGCUAACGACAAACCCUUCCCCUGCAAAAAGUGCGGAAAAACCUUCAACAAGCCGCUAUCGCUAAUGCGCCACGAGCGCACCCACCUAGGAGAAAGGCCUUUCCUUUGCCCCGAAUGCGGCAAGGCCUUUGCUGUGGCCAGCCGCAUGGCCGAACACCGGAAGAUCCACACUGGCCUGCGGCCCUACACCUGCCACAUUUGCUCCAAAUCCUUCACCAAAUCCUCCAACUUGGCCGAACACCUUAGCAUACACACGGGACUCCGCCCGCACAUGUGCUCCGAGUGUGGUUUGGCCUUCGCCAUGCCGUCCCGCCUGCUGCGCCAUCAACGGACGCAUGCUGGCAUAAGGCCCUACGAAUGCCGGAGUUGCGGAAAGUCCUUCAGCCGCCCAAAAGCCCUGCAGCGCCACCUGCUGCAGCAGCAGUGUGAUAGCAGAGGUUUCAUGUGCUCUCAGUGCGAUGCAUCUUUCUCCUGCAACGCUCAGCUAGCUGACCACAUGCUGAGCCAUGGUGCCACUGUUUGAGCAUGUGUCUCUGCUGUUCUAUUAGCUCAUAGAUAACCCCUUAACCCAGGGCCC